AUGCCGAAAGGCCAAAUCGAUGGUCUAGACCAUAGUAAGUCGAAGGUGAAUGAGCUUUGUGAUGUCUUCCCCGAUAAGAAGCGCUCUGAAGUUAUUAAUGCUCUGGAAAGUGCAAAUGGCGACUUGCAAAAUGCUUGUACGAUUUUGCUAGCUGAAUCGACUGGAGCUGGAAAUUCUAUGCUCGAGGAUAGUCCUGAUCCAUUGCAAGAGUUGGAGCUUAUGUUUCCUGACGUUGAUCCCAGUAAGAUAGGGACGAUCUAUGAUCGUUGUCAAUCCAUUGAAACUGCAAUUACAGAGCUUUUAAGUUUGCCUUUAUUGCGCCUGGAAGAUGAUGAAGAGCAGAAAAGGGCUGAAAGGCAGGUGCAGACUAGUCAGUCCGCUGACUCGAGCGGAGCAGCGAAGGAAGGGACAGCUUGGAAAUCUGUCUCGCACAAGAUCAAGACAAUACAACGGUAUACCGAUGUCCCAGACUGCGUUGCUCGACAGGCUUUCCAUGAGUGCUCUUUUGAUAUAACAAGAGCGAUUAUAAAACUGGUAUGGACUACUGAUUACUAUGGAAGUGCCCAAGCUACCCGUAUGUCAAAUGAUGAUUCAAAAGAGCAAAAGCCACUACAGAACCCAAGAGGCGGUAAAGUGCAGUCAGCAAAAGGUUUUGCUCAUUCUACUAAGAAUGUCUUCGAUAAACUUGAUCAUGAGACAGAAAUCACCCCUCAACCCAGAUGCAGCGACGAUAUGUAUAUGUUCCCUGAGAGUUCUGCAAAAUUUGAAGAGCUGGAAGAGAUUCUGCAAAGUAACCCCACGAUGAGGAGCAUCAGCAAGGCAUUCUUGAAACGGGCAUUAACCUUCUAUAGGGGCAAUCUUUCAAUGACCACUUCGUUAGCGUUGCAUAUAAUUGAAGCUGACCUCCAAAGCGCAACAUACAAGUCCAGGGUUGAUUUUCUCGACAUGGAAAAGGGCUUCAAGAUAUCUGCAGAAAAUUUUCCAAGGCGUCAGGCAACUUCUAGUGGCCCGAAUAAACCAUCAACAUUUGACCCGCUGGAGUUACAAAACGAUGAACAUUAUCGUAAGAGCCAAGAAAUGAUUGCAAAGAUCUUUGAUGUUCCCAGGUUGGAUUUCCAUGGUUUCACGCCGAAAAAUGCCAUUAUAAUACUCGAGAUAUGUUUAGACAAAUGGUGGAUGCAAGAACUCUCCGAGAGAGAAAUGAAUCGUCAAAAACUGUCCAUAAGUCGUGCCCUUAAUGUUGUCCCAUUAAAGGUCAUCACUGGACGAGGAAUUCAUAGCGUGGGCGGUGUCUCAACACUCAAGAUCAGAGUUAGAAGGUAUCUUAAUGACAAUAACUACCUGUAUUCUGAAGAAUCAGCUUAUUUCAUCAUAGAGGGAAAGAAGUGA